UAAUUUAUUAUUUAACCGCUGCUGCAUUUGGUAGUUAACCAAUCAUAAGUAUCCCGCAAACGCACCAAUUUCUAACCGCAGAACCAGUCGUACAAAUCUCUUAAAACCGCUAGAAACCGCAACCACCCGCAUUCGCAAACUCCCGCAACCGUAACCGCUGCGGUUGAACCAGUCAGAUCCUAAGUCAACGGCAACACCAAGAUUUGUUGGUCCAUGGGAAAAAUGAUCUUUAUUAGUUUGUUUGUUGAUGUACAAAAAAAUAUAGAUGACUCUACUGAAAUGAUUUACCAUAUGGUGAAGAACACAUGUAAAAACUAAUACUAUAUACCCUAAAGUUUCAAUGUUUCAUGAUAAGAUUCUCUAUAUUUACUACUUCAUUAUUUUACUUGUUCAUUUUCAAUUUUUUGACCAUACAACAUAAUUUCAAAUGUCUUAUUGCAGUAAGAAUGUAUCUUCAGUUUUAUACCCUCUUCAUUCGAUGGACUAGCUGUAUGCUUUCUACAUGGCCGAAUCAGAGAUUCUGUGGACUUAAAACAUUUUUAAGAAUUUUAAUAAAAAUAUUUUUUUCCAUAAUUUGGAGAUUUCUGUUUAUAUAAAAAAAACUUUCAGAAUUUUUGGAGGCCAAUGUUUUAUUAGACUAUGCUCGGAUUCGGUCCUGACUUGCUAACAUGAGAAAUCUAGCGUGUGCGUAUUGUUCAAAAAAAAAAAAAAGUAGAAUGUGCGUAUUGUUCAAAAAAAAAGAUAAGUAGAUUGUGCGUAUUGUGUCUAAUAAAUGAGUGACUCGUCUUGUCUUUUGAGAUAAAAGCGUAACAUUAAAUUGUCUCGGUGAUCGAGUUUGAGAGAUGGAUGAUUCUGCUCAGCCAUCUUAUUUUGUCUUUACAUGUUUUUGGAUGCUCGUUUUAAUUAGUCUACAAAAACAUAACUCAAGCCCAAGAUUACCUACAAAGUUGUUUGUUAUAUAUCUUACUAUUAUGGCCAAUGCUCGCCAUGUUAUAGUUUCAUUGAGACUAAAUGUAUACAUUUGCUAUCAAAAUUCAUUCCAGUUUUGCAGUUGAAGCAGCUAUAAAGAAGAUUAUGUUGGGAUUGUUUUACCAUGUUCACUUUGCGUCAAAGUCGUAGAAAAUUGGAAUCCCCCGCACAUCAAAGAGAAUGAGCCUCUCUAUGAAUUAUAACCCCAAGAUUCAAUCCAACUAUUAUUCAUUUCAAACGUUAUGUAAAUUAUCUUGUAGAAACCAUACAUAUUAAAUAAAGUUAUCAUUAAUUUAUUUUUGUGACUGACCGGAGAAAAAUGUUAUUACUUUUAUUUAGUACAAGUAAGAUUCGGAAAAUAGUUUUGAAUAAAAUGAUAUGAGUAAGUCAGCAAAUAACAUAAAGAUCUCCUCCCAAAAAUUGACUGACAUGUUCAGUUAAGGUAUGUUAAUGAUUUUGCAUCCCAAGUUAUCGGAUACAUAAAGAUAUUACUGUUUCCUUUAGUUUUGACUCAGUUAUUUUACUCAAAUAUUAUCGCUUAACAUUAACAAAAAUGAUAACACUAAACAUUUUCCAUAAAAUAUUCCUUUUCUUAAUAGAUCAAUACAACAUGUAAAAUAUAGGUAAAACAGAAAGAUAAAUUCUCAAUUUAUUAAUAAAAAAUUCCACGAACCCGCAUCGGAAUCAAUUUAUAUAUAAAUUUUUAUCUUCAGAGGCACUUUUUGGGAAUAAACUUUGGAAUUAGAACUUACUUCAACUAUAGUGCUAGAAGCCAGUUUCUGUUCCACAUAUAUAUAUAUAUUAAAAAGGUAAAAAAGCUAAAUGAAUUUGAUUUUGAUUUUAAUAUUUUAAAAAUUAAAUAUAUAAAGGGCGAAGAGGAACUGUAUAAGCGUUAUAUCAGCGUGGUCUAGCUACCUAUCGUGAAUGGAACCGACGUCAGUACCGUUGGAGGCGUUGGCUCAAUCCGGAGAUGAAUUCGUUUACGUAGAUGACCAUAGCCACAACAUACUGAAUGUGGAUAAGGAGGAGGAUGAACAUAGUGAUUCCGGUUCAUUGAUAACCUGCGUCGUUUCGGUCGUUGAUGCUAGUGGCGAUGAUGAUGAUGAUGGUGAUUGUGCGGUAGAGACGACGAAAUUAGAGCUGCCUGAUGAAUACGCAAAACGCGUUAUGGUUCUUACGUGCAGUUCCACAGCGGACGGGGGAUCGUGCGAUGUGUACUUGAUUGGCACUGCUCAUGUAUCUGAGGAAUCAUGUCGAGAAGUUGAAGCUAUAGUUAGAUUCAUGAAACCAGAGGUCGUCUUCCUGGAGUUGUGUUCCAGUCGAUUGUCUAUUCUCACUCCUCAAGCUUUGAAGAUUCCAACGGUGUCGGAGAUGAUAGAGAUGUGGAAGAAGAACCACAACGCAUUCGGAAUAGCUUACGGAUGGUUUCUUGCAAAGGUCGCCAGCAAGCUUGAUGUUCUACCUGGUGCUGAGUUUCGAGUGGCAUAUGAAGAGGCACACAAAUAUGGUGGCAAGGUGAUUCUAGGUGAUCGUCUAGUACAGAUCACGUUGAAGAGAACGUGGGUUAAGAUGUCUCUAUGGCACAAACUUAAGUUCUUCGGAUUAGUGUUUCAAGCUGUGUAUUUACCGAGCCCUGAGCAACUUAAGAAGAUGCUAAAAGCUAUGAACGAUGUGGAUAUUGUGACGUUGGUGAUUCAAGAAAUGAGCAAGCAAUUUCCAUCUCUCAUGGAUACACUUGUGCAUGAGCGAGACAAGUACAUGGUAUGUAUGUUGUCAAGAGUUGCAAGUGAGCAUAGCUCGGUCGUGGCAGUUGUUGGUAGAGAGCAUCUUGAAGGGAUCAAGAAGAACUGGAGCCAACCUAUAAAUAUGAAGGAUCUGUUGGAGAUACCGAAGAAUGAAUCAAAGUAUACAGUAAAGUAUAUUCUCAAGUCGCUGACGGUUGCCGUCGUCGGGAUAGCUAUAGGCUCACGCUUCUAUCUUUCCACCAGAAGUUGAGUUAUCUUCAAGGCAGAGAGAGUUUCUCAUGAGGGCAAUAAAAAUUAGGCUAAGUGUUAUGAUUAGAUAGAUUUUCAGUUACUAUUGUCAUGAUAUUAUUUUAUUUUUGGUUAGCGGUUGAAAUAAUUUCAUACUCCGUCUGUUUUACAAAGAUAGAUUUUUUAAUAUUUUCACACAUAUUAAGAAAACACAUUAAAUUAUCAUAAUAAAUGUAUCGUUUUCGGUAAUUUUCAAUUUUCAAUAAUUUUUAACCAAUAUAAAUUCAAUAAAGUUAAUUAAUUUUCUUAAAGUUUACAAUUUUUUCAUAGAAAACACAAAAAAUACAUCUUUCUGAAACAAACUUUUUUCCUAAAAAGUCUAUCAUCAAAGAACGGAGAGAGUAAUAAUCAUACGAAUAGAAAAUAGAAAUCUUCCCUCCCAUGUCUCCUUCACUCUAUAAAUAUGGAACCAAAAACUUGAACCGGAACCAAUCCAAAAUAACCUGGUUUGGUUUUGGAUAUCCAUAUUAGCCAAUGAUCUUGCACAUUGGUACCCUUGGAUAUUGUUCUGAUUUCAAGAACAACUUUGUUUCAAGUACAUUUUAACCUUUUUUUUUUUAAGUUUUGAAUAUAUAUUUAGGUUUUGGAUAUUUAGCAUAAUAAUUACCAUAUCCAAUUUUUUUUUUGAGUAUUUACCAGUUUUCAAAAUUAUUAACCGAACCAAACUCUAUCAUUCGUAAAUGAAUCCAAAUUCCUUGGAUAUAGUCAAGUAUUAGUUCAGAGUUUCCCUAUUUUGGGGCUAUACUUGAAUUUGAGUUUGUUCACGAAAAUCGAAAUAGUCAUGUAAAAAAAAAACAGAUUUUCUUUACACAUAAGAUCCAUAAAUAUAAA